CGUUGACGUAUUCUUUCUGGAAACUGCGAGCAUUUUGUUAUGAUCUGUCAGAGGUGAAUAAUGUGAUGUGUCGUAUCGUGAUUAACAAGAAUGCCAAUUCAGGCUCCACAGUGGACGGAGUUCCUGUCUUGUCCGGUAUGUUACAAUGCCUUCGACGUGUCCGUUCGCAGCCCGAUCAGCUUGGGCUGCGGACACACCAUAUGCAAAGCAUGUCUUUCGAACCUGCACCGUAAACAGUGUCCGUUCGAUCAGACGUCCAUCAGUAUCGACAUCGACAGUUUACCCAUCAACACAGCCCUUCUACAACUGGUCGGUACCACUGGCCGCAACAAUAAUGACGAAACCGCCCCCGCAUCCCCCGUUGAUAACAAGAUCGUACCGAAAGAGUCACUUGUACAUUAUCUGGCCGCAAAAAAAUGUGUCGAGGAGCUGGCCAUGUAUCUCAAACCAUUCUCCAGCGGUAACGCGAAUUCUGGGACGUUAUCGCGACCCAUGCAACGCAAACUAGUGACCCUAAUCAAUUGCCAGCUCGUUGAAGAUGAAGGUCGCACGAGAGCCAUGCGAGCUGCACGAUCUCUCGGUGAACGAACUGUGACAGAACUUAUACUUCAACAUCAGAACCCUCAGCAACUUUCUGCAAACCUAUGGGCAGCAGUUAGGGCAAGAGGGUGCCAGUUUCUUGGUCCUGCGAUGCAAGAGGAGGUUCUCAAACUCGUCCUGUUAGCACUCGAGGACGGUUCGGCCCUAUCCAGAAAAGUUCUAGUAAUGUUCGUCGUCCAAAGACUGGAACCCCAUUUCCCCCAAGCAUCGAAAACUAGUAUUGGUCACGUAGUACAACUUUUAUACCGUGCCUCCUGUUUUAAAGUGUCUAAACGUGAAGGUGACUCUUCCCUAAUGCAGCUCAAAGAAGAAUUCCGUACUUACGAGGCUCUAAGACGAGAACAUGACGCUCAGAUAGUUCAAAUAGCAACUGAGGCUGGUCUUCGUAUAGCACCUGAUCAAUGGUCUGCUUUACUGUAUGGCGACACUGCUCAUAAGUCACAUAUGCAGAGUAUCAUGGACAAAUUACAGACACCGCAGUCUUUUGCCCAAUCAGUGCAAGAACUUGUGAUAGCCCUGCAAAGAACUGGAGAUCCUGGAAAGUUAUCGAAAUUACGACCCCAUUUAGAACUUUUAGCUGCCAUUGAUCCCAGUCCUGAAUCAACUUCGCCUUCCUGGAAAGAAUGCAGUGAAGCUCUUAAUGCCGUAAAGCAAGUCGUAGCCGGUCUGGUGGAGUUCAUCCAUCAGCACGGUAGUCGCAAAUUGCAGGAUCCCACCCACGGUCAGCAUACUAAGUACAAAAUCAGUAUGUGUCGCGAUUUGACCUUACGAGGUAGCUGUCCUCGAGGUUCAAACUGCACUUUCGCUCAUUCUGCUGAAGAACUGGAAAAAUUUCGUGCAAAAAACAGAAAAAUUAUUAAUCGAGCCACGCCAUCUAUUAAGGAUCACCGCAUUGAAACUCAGUCACCUGUUGAUAAAGCAUAUACUCAGUCUGAAGACUUCUAUCACAUCCCGAACACGACUCCCGUUCCUUCAGUUCCAAUUCAGACGGUGGUCCCUAUUGCCAGAAUGAACUACGACGUGCCCUACAGUCCCACGUAUCCUCCCACGUCAAAUUAUGCCGCGCCUCAGCCCAUAUAUCCUCCCAGUCCGGGCACCUUUCCUCCCGAGGUGUUUGGUUCGGCCACUCCUAAUAUGGUCUUUACCAAUGGUGGACAAUUCUACGCCACUCAACCCGAAUAUGGAACGACGCCCAUUAAUCAGUCCGUGGACUAUCCGAGAAGACCUAAUUGGGAACAUAUGAUUAAUAAACAGUCCAAUUUCCAACAAAUUUCUAAAAAUAAAUGCACCACCACCAGUCUGGCUGAGCUUCAUCAACGCAAACAGGAAGUUAUUUCACAACUGGAGAAGGUGUUUGGCAAAAAUGCAGCAACAGCUAUUUCAAACAACGCUAGCACCCUAGCUAGGCAAGAUUCUUUUGAACAUGAUUCCCCAUAUUCCUUCUGGACUGGCCACGUCAAUUCAGGACCUACUUUUGUCCGAUCGGAUUCUAUUUUAAAGGACGACGAGUAUGUACCAUAUGAUGCCCCGUGUAUCAGCAAAUUCGGGCCUAUAUCAAGGAUGCAAAAAGAAAAUAAUAAUUCCAGCCAGAACGUCAUUUCUACCCAGUUUCGAGACAAUGCCAUCACAACAUCUAUGGUGCAUGGUCCAGUUUCAACACCAAGUCCUGUAACGUCUUGGUACUACAGCUCUGGUCAGCCAUACCAUCAAACAACAAUACCUGCGGGUCAUCCCUAUGUGACUUCUUCAGGGGCGGGAUUGGGAGACGGUUAUUACACAAUAGGUUCUCCUCAGCUAAUUCUUCAGCGAAUGCAGGAUCCUUCAAAGGAAUUACUGGCCGAGUCGCAGAGAGUCAAGAUGCAACUGUUGAACUUGGAAAAGCAACUGAACGAUCUCAAACUGGCAACUCAAGGGGUGACUAGCCUGAGUGAGGGGGAAAGACUUACCCAAGAGCUGCAACUCAUUGAGCAAGGGAUACAAGAGAAACAGAAAGAGGCUUGCCUGAAUAAGAUCGUGUCUUCGCUCAAUCAAGCGAUGAAUGGGAUGAACCAUCACCACCAUCAUCAUCAUUACCACCAUCAGAAUGGUAGUUCGACGUUGGGCAUGACAGAAGAGGCGAUGUACGAGGAGGACAUCGCCAAUGACAUGCGCGAACUCGAGCUACGAUGGCAGGAGGAGCUUGAGGAGCAGGAGAAGCGUUGGAGCAGCGAGGACGACUCCACAAACAAUUUUAUUGGAACUCGAAGUCGUCUGUAGCUGAUGCAAAUAGCGAAAAGAGAAAACAUCAUUUUCAUUUUUUAUUGUCCUCCCGACGACGAAUAUUCUCUCAUAAGUGAACGUGAACAAACGAACGUUCUAAUGCGACAGAAAUGAUAAAUAAUAAAAUAAUAUAACAAAAACAAAUGAAAAUAAUCAUACUGUGUGUGAUGGGUGUACCU